CGCAGGCAGGAGCUGCGCUCAAAUGGGCUUAUUCUGAACUUACAGGCUCGCGAGAGCAGGACACCACCAAGCCGAAGACUUGAGAGGAAAACUCCGCCGUUUCAUCUGUUUGUCCGUUCGUUCUUGCGUUUACUUCUGGUGCCAUGUCAGUUCGUCGGACCGGUGUGGUGCUGCUCUGCGCAGUGUUGGCCGUGGCUCGCGCUCGCAGGAGUUCACCGGAACCCGAGGAUGUUCAGGAGAAAAUCAACAGCGCCAGAUGCACAUCCAGGUGCCUCAGUCUGCACAUGACCCAGCUUACCGUUGCCUUCAGACACCUCCAGAGUGACCAAGUUCUGCUUUGGUGUGACAACCACAGACGCUGUGCUCAGUGCCUUCAGCCAUGCAAAGAACUGUGGGAAACGAAAAAGGUGCUUUCUUCAAAGUCAUGCGAGAAGCAGACAGAGUGUGUGACAAGCAGGGAGUUCCUGGCCUCGCUGAGGUUGUCUCGUCAGGGAGACUGCCCCCCGCCUCAGCGAGCCACAGGAUUCGCUGCAGCCUGCGUGGAGAGCUGCUCAUCCGACCAACAUUGCCCGUCCUCCAGGAAGUGCUGCUUUAAUGGCUGCGGAUACACUUGUCAAGCUCCUGCCAACUUAUAUAAAGGUGUUCCUCUGAAGCCCCGUAGAGAGAUGAGUUUUUUGGAAGAUUCAGAGGGUCGCGUUAAGGUCGCAUGGGUGUCGAAGUUUAACGUCAGCAUGGAACCUGUCAUUUACAUGCUUCAGUCCCGUUGGAACGUCGGUAUUCACCCCAGUGAGGACCACGCCUCCCCAUGGGCUACCGUUACCAUGACCCUGUCAGAGGAUGUGGUUCUGUCAGAUCUAAGAUCCCAGCGUUGGUACCAGUUCAGGGUAGCAGCCAUCAACAGCCACGGCAGCAGAGGUUUCACCACACCCAGCAAACACUACAUCUCCAGUAAAGACCCCUCACCUCCAGAACCCCCGAAUAACAUCAGAGUAAGCAACCAGACCCUAGACUGGGUGGGUUCACAACUUGGACCCCGGUUCACAGAAAGGUCGAGGGGAAGUGGAGCCAGUGUGGCGGUCUUAUUACAGUGGAAGCCCCCCAGAGAGGGAGACCUGCCUGUUCGCAACUACCGGAUCACCUGGAUGCCUCGACAUACACUUACAGUGCACAGACGCGCACACACACUUCAGCCAAACUUGCAUACAGGACACAACAAGCACACACGACCUGCACACAGACAUACACAGGAACAGGGUAAAAAGGAGAGCAACAGCAUCCUGACUCAGGGGGCGCAGAGUGAGCUGUGGCUGCAGGGACUCCUGCCUGCUACCACCUACAUCCUGUCAGUACAGACGGUGGCUUUUUGGGGUCAGAAGAGACUGAAGAGUCACAGAGCACAGCUUGUUUUCACUACUAUCACUGAUACAGACUCCACCACCAAAGAUGAAGACUUCUCCAACGAGCUCCCUUCAUCCUCAUCUUCACUGUCUCUUCCUCUCUCAUCCUCCUCACCUUCCUCUGCUGACCUCCUUGUCCCAGUCUCUGAAAACCUACGACUGGAGGUUGCUGCUCCUCAUUACCAUGACAACCAGUUGCAGGUGAAGGUGUUCUGGAAGUGGCUUUACCACGCCAGACAGAGACACAGAGGUCCAUACAUUUUGCAGUGGCGUCCACAUACCUGCAGUAAUAAUGUAACCCACACUGAGAGAACAAUAACAGUGCAGGGCACUCAUCACACCAUCAAAGGCCUGCAGUUUGCCUGCAAAUACAGGGUUGUAGUUGCAAUGAAGGCUGAUCCAAAGUCAGAGGCUGUUGCCUGGGUUACAACCCCGACUUGCUCCUCCAUCAGGGUCAGAGGUGGCAAAACUGUGGCCUGCAACAAUGAAGAGCGCCUCCCCUCAGGCAGAAAGGUGGUACUACGACCAGAACGGCUGACUGCAGACUUUCAACAAGUUAACGGCACUCUGCUCACAACCUUUCGCUGGAGGAUGUCCCAGCAUGCACUGGAUCCAGCAGCUGUUGAGGGUUUCCAGUUUACCUGGACACUGCAAUCUGAGCUCACCACAGCCAGGGAAAUUCGGGAAGAUGCACUUAUCUCCCAGUCGCAGACAAUCGCACCGUCUCAGCGGUCAGUGACAGUUGGUGGACUUCAGGCUGACAGCGUGUACCGGCUGCAGCUUCAAGUGCUAGCAGCAGGUGGCAGGAGUGGUGCUGCAGUCUCAAAGACCAUACACACUCCAGCUAUCAACAGCACACUUUCAUAGGUAACUAAAGCCGUAAGCACAAAGCUUCAGCUGUCUGCUGCACCUGAGUCAUAUCUACCAACAUCUGCUUUUCUACUUUCACCAACUGGGCAGCAAGAUUUCAUUUGUGUCAAGAGCAGAACACGUGUCCAAAAAUGUAAAAUAAAUAAAGUUAAUCUACGUAAAUUUCUCUCGUAGAAAAUGUAGUUCCUGAUUUAAUUUUAUUUUUUAAUAGUAAAAAUUAUAUAAUGAACUGUACCUGUACAUAUCCAGUUUUAACAGCACUAAAUACUGAGUUACUCAUUGCAGUAAAAAGAUGUUCUUAUUUGUUCAUAAAAAUGGCAGCAUUUGACAAAUGAUUUUUGUGUCAUCAUUAGUAUAGACUGUACUGAAAAAGCAGUAUUGUACGGUGUGUAAAUGAAAAAUGUGACUUCUCACAGGUAUCCAUCGAUUAGAAGGGGAUUACAUUUUUUUAACUUCACAUCAAUCCAGCCAAAGACCCUUGUAAAGAGACUUCCUAUUGUUGCCUGUUUUUUGUUUUUUUAUCUCACUAGUAAAGAAUGAUAUAGCACUGACAUUAUGUACAAAUAGUAAUGUAUAGCAGCACACUGUUUGAAUGAAUAAUCUGCAUUACCUUUUGGUGUGUAAUAGUCUUGAUGUAAGCUCAAAUAUUUGCUUAGUUUGUCCUUAUGUUUUUGUACUCAUAUGUCCUAUCAUUCUAGUCUUUGUGCUCACAAAAGUCAUGUUAUAUUUUUUAAAAGGUUGAAAUUGCUGGUCUCGGCCAACCAAUAAGUACCAUGUUAAUAUUCUUUAUUUGUAACCUUUUUUAUGGUUAAUAAUUUUGCAGUUGAUUACUCUUUUACCAUCGUUUUUAUUUAUUGUUUUUCUUGUAUUAGUUUUUGCAAUUAAAGUCUAUGAAGAUA